GCGGCGGAGCCCGGCGAGGACAGCCAGGCCGCGGGCACCCGGCGCCGCUCCCCGGCGGGCGAGGCUCGGCAAGGCUCGCACGGCUCUGCACGGCAGCCCCGCGGAGGGCGACGGCCCGGCCCGCCGGUGGAUGCCCGCCGCCCGGCAUGGAGCAGGCCUGCGAAGUGAGCCGCCGCAGCUGCCUCGUCCCCUUCGGCACCUCGCUGUCGGCCGCCGAGCCCAAGAGCGGCCCCUUCGGCGAGGCCCGCGGCCCCGAGCCGCCCGCCAUGCAGCUGGCGGCCGCCAAGCCCGGCUACGGCCAGGACCCGUCGUCCUGCUACAUCCCGCUGCGCCGGCUGCAGGACUUGGCUUCCAUGAUCAAUGCCGAGUACCUCGGCGGUGCCGCCGACGGCACUGAGGCCCUGCCCGACCCUGGCUCGCCGGGCCCCCGCCUGCCCGCGGCGCAGGACUCUGCGGCCGAGGUGCCCCGCGGGGCCCGGGCCUUCCCCCUGCUCCUGCGGGACAGUGGAGAGGAGGCGCCGGAGGAGGAGGAGGAGGGCGCCGAGACUCCGGAGGAGGAGGAGGAGGAGGACGACGACGACGACGACGACUACGACGACGACGACUACGAGGAAGAGGAGGAGGACGACGACGACGACGACGACGAGGAGGCGGCGACAGAGCCCGGCCCGCGGAGCCGCGGCCGCUCCGCUCCGCAGCGGGGCCCCGACAGCCGCCUGCAGCCGGCCGAGUCCGUGCCGGACGGCGGCCCCGGGGAGCAGCCUGAGUCCUCGGCGGCCCUGCAACUCAUCCAAGCCGAGAAGAAACCCACUCCAGUGAAGUAUGAAGUUGGGGAUCUUGUUUGGGCCAAGUUCAACAGACGCCCAUGGUGGCCAUGCACAAUUUGUCAUGACCCAGUGCUGGACUGUCACUCAAAAAUGAAAGUUUCCAAUCAGAGACCAUACCGGGAGUACUAUGUGGAUGCCUUAGGAGAACCUUCAGAGAAAGCCUGGGUUGCUGGGAAAGCUAUUGUCCUCUUUGAAGGGAGACAUCAGUUUGAAGAGCUGCCUGUUCUCCGGAAAAGAGGAAAGCAAAAGGAAAAAGGCUACAAACAUAAGGUUCCUCAGAGAUUAAGGGCUAAGUGGGAAGUCAGUGUUGGACAGGCAGAAGAUAUUCUUCUUGGGGGGCCAGAGGAUCAGAAGUGCAGCCAGACCUCCAGCGAGCCGGACAGUGAGAAGGACGUGGAGUUGGAAUACUACACCAAUAGCCCUAGAGCAGAAAGGGACACGCAACUGAACGGCUGCUUUAAAUCCUUGGCCUUUGACUCCAGACACGUGGCCAGUGAAAAAGGAAAAUUGCUCAUCAAGCCACACGUGAAAACAACCUCUGAAAGCAGAAAAAGGACUAGAGUAAAAAAGAGUGGCACAAGAGGGGAAGCAUCGAGGGAAGAAAUCAAAGACAAAACACCAGAGAGCGUAGUUAGAAACGUGAUUGUUGGGGACCUACCAGAGAAACACGCGUCUCACGAGCUUCGCCGGAUUGCCAACAGCCUGACAGCAUCCAGUAGCAGCAGGGAAAACCAUUUGCUUUCCUCCUUUGGAGAAAGACAUUUUGAAAAGACACCUUUAAAACCAGACUGUGAGAAUCGUAAAAGUGAUGCUCUGAAAAACACCCUCCAAGGGGAUUUGUUUUCCAGCCCAUCUUUUGAGAGAGAGAAGAGCUCUCUGGGCAUUUUGUGCAGUUCCAAGUUACAGAUACACUAUUCUGCAUCUGAUGCUGGUGUUGAGAAAAAACGAACUGAAUCAGAUUCAUCCUCUUCCCUCUCUGAUGGUGGGAAUAGUGAUGUAGAUACCAUGGACCAAAGUUCAGAAAGAGCCUCUAGUGCUCUUGAAGUUAGUGAUUCUUCAGAUAAAGUGGAGAAGGACUUUCCUAUGACAUCAAGUGGAAACAUUAAACUUUCCAUGUAUCUUUCUCAGAAGAGCAGCAGAAGGGCCAGGAAGAAGUCGCACAGAGAUCGCAAACCUCUGGGAGGUUCAGUAACCAACAGACUCGAUGCUGAAUUUGCAGAUGGGGAGCUUGAAGUAGGUUUCUCUGAUGCUGAGAUGUCAUUGACACCUCUUGAGUGCUCUUCGGAUGUGAGAAAUGACAAUCUUCCCCUAGCAAACAAGCACACUACCCCCCAAAGUGUUUCCAAGGACAGCUCCUGGCCUGCUGUUACAAAUCAAGCAAUCUUGAAACCGAAAAGCGUGAAAUUACCCCGAAUCAGGAGUAUAAAAUGUAAACAUAAAGAAAAGGUUGCUGGGUUGGAGCCUUCUCUUGCAGAAGAGGAGGGUGGCGUGAAUCGCUGCUCUUCAGAUACCAAAGGUUUCUCUGGCCUUCCGAGAGAUUCUCUUCAGAGAAGUGGAAAAGUUGAUGGUCAGAAACUGUUAAACAACAUGCAUGAGAAACCCAGGGAUUCUACUGAAAUCGAAACAGCUGUGGUGAAGCACGUUCUGUCCGAGCUGAAGGAACUGUCAUAUCGGUCCAUGAACGAUGAUGCCAGUGACUCUGGCACUCCAAAGGCCACAGUACCUUCGCUUUUUGCUUCUGCCCCUGGUCAUGGUCGUUUGCCUAUUGAACCAGAUUACAAAUUCAGCACCUUGUUAAUGAUGUUGAAGGAUAUGCAUGACAGUAAGACAAAAGAGCAGCAACUGAUGACUGGUCAAAAUAUAGUCCCAUUUCGAAAUAGCAGCACAGGUGAUGGUUCUGGAAGCAAUUCAGCAAGUGGUCUCAAGUCUUUGUCUAUUGUAGGUCCCCCAUAUAAAAUAGAAAAAAAUGGAGAUUGUGCCCAGGAAACAGUAACUCCAAACUCCGCUAUAAGCAGCUCCUCAUUUUCACGCAAUCCUCCAACCAAGUUGACAGGGAUUGGUACUGGUAAAAGGGAGCCUGCGAGUGCUGCUGUUUCUGGGACAAAUGGCACAAAUUGCAUGUCCAAACGCAACUGUUCAAAAUCUAAGCAGUCAUCAAAGCUUGGAGAUAAAACAGUUUCAAACAGAAAGGACUUAAAACCAGGAGGGCCAAGUAAGUUACUAAGUCGGUUACCCAGAGAUUCAGGAGAACAUGCAUUCCGUGGGCACGGUUCGGUUACCAGUCCUCUAGGGAAUGAGGCAGAAGAUACUGAGAGGAAAGAGUGUAUUGAUUUAACAGAGCAUUCAACUGAUGAAGACUCUGCCUGUUUAUCUGAUGACAAUUUAGGUCGUGUUGGAAGGAGACCUGAAGCUGGUAGAAAUAAUGAGAGCUGCAAUUCUGCUGCAAAUGGGGAGAGUCCAGACUUGGAUUCAGAGGCAAAUAGUGAGAGCUCUCUUGGUGAUGAGUCUAAUGAUAUAAAUCACGUAGCACCCAAAAAGCGAUGGCAGCGUUUUAACCAAAGCAGUGCUAGAUCUAAUAAGCACAUCAGUAGAUCUAGGGAACAAGGAAACUUGGAGAGUGCCUUUGGCCUGAAUUCUCGUGGCUUUUCACUGAAGGGAAAUGAGUGCUUGGGACGUAGGCAUUCCCCUCAUUCAAAGGUGCUUGAGGGAGACCUGGCAGUUCAGGACUUUGAGAAUCGUUUAGACUUAGUUGAUAAACGUUUGAAUGUAUGUGGUAAGCCAAACACCAGUGUGAUGGACUCAGAAACAGAGCUUGGCAACUUUGCUCCCCAGUCUGAAUUCUCUGCACAAGCACAUUCAGAGAGGAAGCGCCUUAGAAAGCCGAGUAAACGGCUUCUGGAAUAUGCAGAAGAAUAUGAUCACUUGUUUGCACCCAAGAAAAAAUCAAAGAAGGGCCAGGAGCAAAAGGUGAAUUCUGUGACGAGGUCUGAAUUUGAAGGAGGCGUUCCCGCACAAUGCAGUCCUGACAGAGAUACCCAGCGGGGGCCAAGUUCUUUGGUUUCAACUCCAUCUUCAACCAAAGAGUCCCCUCCUGUCCUUGAAGCAGAGUCCUUCUCAGAACUAGGAUCCCACUCCACUGAUCCCCCUAAUCAAGUUCCAGGAGGAUCUUCAGAUUUUCCAGAGGUGGUGGUUCUGUCUUCCUCGGAUGCUUCUGAAGUUUCUGCUUCUCCAGAUGCAGAAGAGGGAUUCCUGAAAUCAGGAAACUUCGAAAGCAAGCGUCAAAGGAAGCCCACUAAAAAGCUCUUGGAAUCAAAUGACUUGGAUACUGCCUUUAUGCCAAAGAAGGAGGAAUGGACUCCCCAAAAGAAGGGUACUGGCCCUUCAGAGAGUGACAGCUCUGAGCUCUACUCACCAGCCCACUUCCAGGAACUGGGAGAAGCUUCUGAAAAGCUCUUGGAGAAACAGCGGAAGCGGAAGAGACAGCGCCAUACCUCUGCUGCAGUCCAUUCCAAGAAGGAGAAAAAUGAGGAGGGGCUGGGGGAGACCCCACACUCUGAGGGGGAGACAUCCGUUCAUGGGACUGCUGCAAGCCCCAAAGAAGGUCAUGAGGAGGGGUCAGAGAAUGACCAUGGAGUGCCUUCGUCCAAAAAGAUACAGGGGGAGCGUGGAGGAGGAGCAGCCCUCAAGGAGAAUGUGUGUCAGAUCUGUGAGAAGCCAGGGGAGUUGUUGCUGUGUGAGGCGCAGUGCUGUGGUGCUUUCCACCUGCAGUGCCUUGGGCUCUCCGAGAUGCCAAAGGGCAAAUUCAUCUGCAAUGAGUGUUCCACAGGGGUCCACACCUGCUUUGUGUGCAAGAGCUGUGGGGAGGAUGUGAAGCGGUGCUUGCUGCCCCUCUGUGGGAAGUAUUACCACGAAGCCUGCAUACAGAAAUACCCACCCACAGUCAUGCAGAACAAGGGCUUCCGCUGCUCCCUGCACAUCUGCAUGACCUGCCAUGCUGCUAACCCAGCAAACAUCUCCGCCUCUAAAGGUCGCCUGAUGCGCUGUGUGCGGUGUCCGGUCGCGUAUCACUCCAACGACUUCUGCCUCGCCGCCGGCUCCGUGGUCCUGGCCUCCAACAGCAUCAUCUGCCCCAACCACUUCACUGCGCGCAGGGGCUGCCGCAACCACGAGCACGUCAACGUCAGCUGGUGCUUUGUCUGCUCAGAAGGGGGCAGCCUUCUAUGCUGCGAGUCGUGCCCGGCUGCGUUUCACCGUGAGUGUCUAAACAUUGAGAUGCCAGAGGGAAGCUGGUAUUGUAAUGAUUGCAAGGCAGGCAAAAAGCCACACUACAAAGAAGUAGUCUGGGUGAAAGUUGGGCGCUACAGGUGGUGGCCAGCUGAGAUUUGCCAUCCUAGGACAAUUCCCGUCAACAUCCAAAAAAUGAAACAUGACAUCGGUGAGUUCCCUGUGCUGUUCUUUGGCUCCAAGGACUACCUGUGGACCCACCAGGCUCGUGUGUUCCCUUACAUGGAAGGUGAUGUCAGCAGCAAAGACAAGAUGGGGAAGGGCGUGGAUGGCAUAUACAAAAAAGCUCUUCAGGAAGCUGCUGUGAGAUUUGAAGAGUUGAAGGCACAGAAAGAACUGAGACAGCUUCAGGAAGACAAAAAGAAUGACAAGAAACCUCCUCCCUACAAACACAUCAAGGUGAACCGGCCGGUGGGGAAGGUGCAGAUCUUCACUGCAGACCUGUCCGAGAUACCGCGCUGCAACUGCAAACCCACGGACGAGAACCCCUGCGGCCUGGACUCGGAGUGCAUCAACCGCAUGUUGCUGUACGAGUGCCACCCCAUGGUGUGUCCUGCUGGUGAGCGCUGCCAGAACCAGUGCUUCUCCAAGCGCCAGUACCCCGAGGUACAGAUCUUCCGCACGCUGGCACGAGGCUGGGGCUUGCAGGCUAAAACAGACAUCAGGAAGGGUGAAUUUGUUAAUGAGUAUGUUGGGGAGCUAAUUGACGAAGAGGAGUGCCGAGCCCGAAUCCGCUAUGCUCAGGAGCACGACAUUACCAAUUUCUACAUGUUAACACUGGAUAAGGAUCGAAUCAUUGAUGCUGGGCCAAAGGGCAACUAUGCUCGGUUCAUGAACCAUUGCUGCCAGCCCAACUGUGAGACUCAGAAAUGGUGUGUGAAUGGUGACACUCGGGUCGGGCUCUUCGCACUUGUAAAUAUCAAAGCUGGGACUGAGCUGACUUUCAACUACAAUCUGGAGUGUUUGGGAAAUGGAAAGACGGUUUGUAAAUGUGGUGCCCCAAACUGCAGUGGCUUCCUAGGAGUAAGGCCAAAGAGCCAGCCCAGCCUCAGCGAGGAGAAGUCCAAGAAGCUCAAGAGGCGGCCGCAGAUGAAGCGCAGGUCGCAGGCAGAGGUGAUGAAGGAGCGGGAGGAUGAGUGUUUCAGCUGCGGGGACGGAGGGCAGCUGGUCUCUUGUAAGAAGUCAGGCUGCCCCAAGGUGUACCACGCUGACUGCCUCAACCUCACCAAGAGACCUGCAGGAAAGUGGGAGUGCCCAUGGCAUCAGUGUGAUGUGUGUGGUAAAGAAGCAGCUUCGUUCUGCGAGAUGUGUCCCAGGUCCUUCUGCAAGCAGCACCGGGAAGGAAUGCUCUUCAUCUCCAAACUGGAUGGACGAUUGUGCUGUACGGAGCAUGAUCCCUGUGGGCCUCACCCUCUAGAGCCAGGAGAAAUUCGUGAGUAUGCGCCUCCCAUAGAAGGCCUGACUAAUGGCGAGGACACUCAGCCACCAGAGCAGCUGCCUGCAGAAACAGAGGCAGACACAGACCUGAGUGUUCAGCCCCUGGACAGCCUACCUCAGUCUGUGGCCCUCAGACUGCAGUCACCAGAAAAGCCCCCUGCUACCCUAGCGCUGAGGCUGCCUUCUUCAGACAAGCCCCCCACCACCCUUGCCCUGAGGUUGCAGCCAUCAAACAAGCCCCCCACAACCCUGGCCCUCAGGCUACCUUCACCAGACAAACCACCUGCCACCCUGGCUCUGAGACUGCCACAGUCAAAUAAACCCCCCGCCACCUUGUCACUGAGGCUGAAGCCAUCCAACAAACCCUCCACCACCCUCUCACUCCGGCUUCAGCCUUCGGACAAACCUCCCACCACCCUGUCGCUUCGCCUGCAGCCAUCAGACAAGCCCCAGGCUGCCCUGUCCCUAAGGCUGCAGUCAGAGAAACAGCCUAUCAUUGUAGCACUGCGGCCUCAGCAGCCAGACAAACCUCCCAGCAACGCCGUGCUCUGGCCACUGGACGAGUCCUCCAGUGACGCCUCGCAGCCCCAGCUGCCGAGCAAAUCUCCUCCGGGAUCUCCGCAGUCCCCGUUGGAUGAGUCACUUGUUACUGCUGGUGACCUGCAGCUCCAGCUGUCAGAUGAGACUCCUGAUGCCCCCGAGGUUUUGGAGUUGUCGGACAAGUCCCUCAUUGAUAGCAGGGCCCAGCAGCCUGAGCUGCUGGAUGAGUUCCCUGUGAAAUGCCUGCAUCCUCCACUGUCUGACAGACUCCUCGCCACAGUGGGGAUGCUGCAGUCCCAGCCGGAGGAUGAGCCUCCUGAGGCUGAUCAGCUCCAGCUUUUGGAUGACUCCUCUGCCCAGAGUCCGCAGCCACAGGCUGUGGAAGAGGCUUCCAGCUCUGUGGUGCCACAGGUCCCGGCCUUGGAGAUGGCUUCCAGUCCUGAGGUGCUGUGGUCUGUUCCCAUUGAAAAAGUCCCAGAUUCCCCAGUCUCACGGAUCUUGCCCUCAGAGAAGGCUCCUGGAUCAGCAGUACCACAAUCCCUGCCUCUAGAAAAGGCUUCCUUCUCUGGGGCAGUGCGGGUCCCCGACACAGAGAAGUCUCCCAGCUCUGGGUCACCUCGUCCCCUGCCUCCAGAGAAAGCUGCUGGUUCGGGUAUGCCUCAGAUCCUGCCCACAGAGAAGGCUCCCAGCUUAGGGUUGCCAUGGUCCCUGUCUCCGGAGAAGGCCCCUGGCUCCCGCUCACCACACAUCCUGCCCACAGAGAAGGGUCUCAGCUCAGGGGCCCUUCGGAUCCCGCUCACACAGAAGUCUCUUUCCCCCGGGGUGGUGCGACCCCUUCCUCCAGAGAAGGCUGCUGACUCCGGGACCCUGCGGGCUCUUCCUUUGGAAAAGGCUCUCAGCUCCGGGGUGUCUCGGCCUCAACUCUUGGAGAGGCCUCUCACUCUUACAGCCCCAUGGCCUCAGGCAUCUGAUAAGCUGGCUGCUGCUGUGGCUCCUCGGCCUCAAGCCUUGGACAAGCCUCUAACUGCAUCAGCUCCGAGGCUGUUGCUGUCAGAAAAAGCGCUGCGUCCUGUCGACCAGAACGCUCAGCUGAAGGAGAGAGGAGCCCCAGCCAUGGAGCUGAGUCCCCAGCAGAAAGAAAGGACCAUGUUAGCUGGGGAGCAAAUCUCUUGGUCUGCUGGGAAGGUGGUGACACACGUCGGACAAGUACCUUGGCCUUCGGAGAAACUGCAGACACAUGAGCAAAGCCACUGGUCCACCACGAAAGCCCUGACGCCUGCGGAGCAGCCUUCCCGGACAGCAGAGAAACUACCAGAGCCAACCCUUCAGCCCAGCUGGGAAGUGGCCUCAGCCCCCUCGGAGCAGACCCCGUGGACAUCAGAGAGAUUACGUGCAUUCGAGCAAACCCCUCGGCCAGCCAGGGAAGCACCGGUGCCCCCAGAGCAGGUGCAGUGGCUUGUCACGAACAUUCAGACAAUUGAUCAGAUUGCUUGGCUGGGUGGAAAAGCACAGACUCCUCGGGGGCAGGACCCUUUGCCUGAGCAAAACACAGCGCUAGCCCGUAACCAGGAUUCUGUCUGUCGUGAGUUGGCUGACUCAGAGCCAAAGUGAGGUUGGUGAAUAUGGGAGGCAGGUUUCAGUCGUUUAAUGUUUAGGGAGGGGGAAUCUUUGUUUUGUUUUUUUUAUUCACUUCCCUGAGCCCAGCCCCUAACCCAUGCACAUCCCAUCCAUAUUCUCUUGUGACAUGAGCAAGGACAUUCUCUUAAAUCUGAGUCUGGCCCAGCCAAAGGGAGAGAGCAUCUGUGACCUUUUCCUCUUCCUUUUACAAAUGGUGAAGCUGAAAUAAAGAGUCCACUCUGGGUAAAAAUCUCCAAUUCCAUUGAAAUGGUCACAUUACUGAUCCAGCAUGUUUUAGCUCCAGGUUUGAUUCGUAGGUGGGUUCCCAGGCACAGCCAGGGGCCUUGCUCUUGUUACUACAUUUAAAGAAAGUGGAUCAGUCAGGCUGCCCUGGCACUGGAGAUGUUUCAGGGAUCACGUGGUGAGCAGUCAGAUGUGUGUUCUUGCCAGACUUAAGAAGCAGAGAAGGGAUUUUUUUGUCACCUGCCCAGGUCUCUGUCACUGCAGGGCGUUGCUUUACGAGGUUUGUCUGUGUGUUCACUGGGACAUGCUGUGUGUGGUUUGCUCAAGGACAGGGAUCGUCUCCAGUGAGAUGGGAGAGGAGCUCCUGCACUCGCUCAGUGCAGUUUUCUCCAGCAAUAGGCAGUAUCCAUUCAGGCUCCUUUUUUACAGAGCUGCAACUGGCCAAGCCCAAGAAGCGGGAAAUCUGGAGGAAGUCAGGGAAAAGAGAGAUCUUGGAAGAAGUCAUCUGGCAGUUUUUUCAUUCUUGUGUCUUAAUCCUUUAGCACAGGACACGCGGAGCGUUUUCCUGCACUUGACAACGUAGUGACCCAUAAAGCAGCAAUAGCGGAGCAGAACAGAGUGGGUUCCUGGAGGUGCUGAGCACUGCCCUGCCAGGGGGGCAGUGCUCCCUUUCAAAUUUCCAUCCAGUCUCUUCUAGACCUCUGUUGUCAGCGUGAGCCAGCGGACUGAGCAGUCCUUUCUCCCUUUGCCUCAGACGUGUUCAGAACGUGUUCCCAUCACACCUGGUGUUGCCAGCAGCAAGCCAAGCCUGUCCCGCUCGCUGCACAGCGCAGAGGCAAGGGUGCCGUAGCUGGAUCGGGACCCAUCUCAACACCUUCCCCUUGUGUAGCUUCUGGCUUAACUCUUCUACAACCAAAGGAGACUUGAAUUAACUGGACUGUGUUGGUGUGCAUGUGUGCGCGCGUGUGCGUCCAUCCAACUGAAUUGUAGUUCUCACACUGGAACACGGUGGGCUCCAGCAGCUGGCUGGCUUUUUUUUCCUCUUCUCCCCUUUACAGUGAAGGCAAUAUUUAGUACCUGGUGGUCAUUGGGCUGGUGUCCAGACUAGGCCUGCUGAAAGCCGUUCACUCAAGCGUUGAGGCAGAAGUUGGCUUGGCUGUGGUGCUCGUGGGGCACACAGUAGAGUCCCAGGGACCUGCAGCAUCUUGUGACCAGCGGCACCCUCACAGGCAGGAGAAGCACAGACCUCCUUCAAAGGAGGCCAGGUAGCACUGCCAGGCCUGGAUAGGGUUGGUGUCCUGCCGAGGAAACGCUGCUGACCAGCUUUUUCCCACUCUCACAACACAUUACCUCUGUAAUUACCUGAGCUCCACCGAUCUGGGGCUGCAGCCUCGGAUCUCCGUGCCGCCGCCAGACCCUUGCGCAGCUCCAGUGUGUGUAUCCUUCUCCUUCAGGCAGAUCCACAGGCCCCUCCCAGGCAGGGAGAGUUCAGCCCCAUGCUGACCUCCUUCCUCCACCAUGGGAGCAGGUCCUUGUUCCCUCCUGGCUUGCAAAUGGCUGCUGCUUCCAGAGCAGACGGUCACGAGCUUUGCAGUUCUCUGUGAAGGGAGGCAGACACCUGUACCAAGACAAAUCCCGAUCCAUUCUCCUUUCCUGAUGUGUGCACCCUGGGACAACGUCCUGCUGUAAAAGGCCGGGUGUGCUGGGCACAGGGGGACAUUACCAGUGCUAUGGUGCAUCUCUUCUCUAGUCCAAAUCAUUUCAGAUCCUUUGUAGAAUAGCUCACGACUUGGAAAAGCUUUAUGGCUUAUGGAAACUUACUUGUUUAAUGUUGUUUUUUUCCAGGAAGACUGGCAGGUCAGUUCCUGCUUGCUGCUGAAACUAGGGAAAUGCAAGCAGCUUGCAUUUCUGCGUGACUCCUCCACAAAGGGAAUCAGGACAACUCAGAUCCGUUGAGAGAGAUUACCUUAAGGGCAUUCAUUAAGGUUUUUGAAUAAAAGUUUUUUUAAAAAAUUA